AUGUCACGCAGUUCGUGUUCAGAUGUUGCUUCACAUAAUGCAUGUUGGUUUCCAGCUCAAUAUCAACGGGUUGUUAUUAUUUUAAUUGAUGCUCUACGAUAUGAUUUUGUUGUACAAUCACAGUAUAAUAAUAGCAGAAAAGAAUAUUCUGGUCACUUUUCUACUGUUACUCGUUUACUUGAUGAACAGAAAGAAUCAGCAGUUUUGAUGCAUUUUCAUGCAGAUGCUCCAACUACUACGAUGCAACGUUUAAAAGCAAUAACUACUGGUUCACUUCCCACUUUUAUUGAUGUUGGUUCAAAUUUUGCAAGCACUGCAAUAUUGGAAGAUAACUGGAUUGAUGAAAUUGUCGCAACAAAUCGAAGUAUUGUUAUGCUUGGAGAUGAUACAUGGAUUUCAUUAUAUCCAAAACAGUUCAAACGUAAAUAUCAUUUACCAUCCUUUGACAUAAAUGAUCUUCACACUGUUGAUCAGAUGAUUUCAGACAAUCUUUUCGACGAACUUGUAAAAUCGGAUUGGACUGUUCUAAUAGCACAUUUUCUUGGCGUUGAUCACUGUGGGCAUAAAUAUGGUCCGGAUCAUCCUGAAAUGUCCAAAAAAUUAAAGCAAAUGAAUGAAAUCUUGGCAAAAGUGGUCAAUUCUUUGGAUAACAAUACUUUAUUAUUGGUAAUGGGUGAUCAUGGAAUGACGGAAAAUGGUGAUCAUGGUGGUGAUGAACCACUGGAAACCGAUGCUGCCUUAUUUAUGUUUGCUAAAAGAAAGCUGAUUUUUGCGGAACCACCAGAUUCAGUUUCGCAGGUUGACAUUGUGCCAACAAUCAGUUUAUUACUUGAUUCACCCAUUCCAUAUUCUAAUAUUGGAACACUAAUUGAUUGUGUCAUAGUACCAGAACAUCGUGAUCUAGCAAUAAGCAGUAAUGCAGAGCAAAUGAUGCGUUAUGGACGGACUAUUGUGGCGGAAACUCAAUUACCGGAAUUAGAUUCAUUGAUACGAAGUUUUGAAAAUAAUGGCAAUGUAGCAAACUCUAUUGAUUACAUGCGACGUUUACAAGAACUUUUACGUGCUUCAUGGACUGAAUUUAAUAGUAGUUUCAUGCGAAUUGGUUUUUUAUCAUUGCUUGAUGCAAUAUUAUCAGUUUAUGGUUCGCUUUAUACGGGAAAUAUUUCAUUUACCUCUUUGGUUUUUCGUUCCGGUCUAUUUUUCAUCCAAAUGUCGGUUUUUUUAAUUGGAGAUGAUGAAUAUUAUGUUGCAAUUUUGGAUUUUCUAUUAUCCUUCUCAUUAAUCAUUCGACUUAUUCGAGCAGCUAGGACAUUAUUUUUGUUCGCACCAACAAUUUGGGAAUUUGCUGUAUUUUGUAUAACUAUUGCACAUGCAUCAUCUUUCCUUUCCAAUAGUUACAUUAUUUUUGAAUCAUCCGUAAUUCGUUUCCUGACGCAAACCGUAGUUGCUAUUGCAUUUUGGCAGUCAUUUUCAAACUGGAAUCAUAGUAAUCGUCGUCAAUCGAAAUCGUUUUUAGCUUUGUUAGAAAAGCGUUUUAAUUGGCAACGUUUCCUUAUCUUCAUUAUGAUCAUUUUACUUUUGCGAUUGGGUAUUUUCUUUGAAAAAUGUCGCGAAGAACAAGGAGAUGCAUGUGAAGCUACAAUAUUUUCACAGUCAUUUUCACAUAUCCCUCAUAGUCCUCUAAAAGUAAUGCGUUUUAUGCUCGGUAUAGCAGUACAAAUUGCUGCUGCAUAUAUGGCAACGAAAUUUCUGCAAAAUUAUCGAUCUGAAAUUUGUACUUCAACAUUAAUUUUUCCAACAACAGUUGCUAGUAUUGCUUCAUGGUUUUCUCUUUGGUUACCCGAAGAUACUAUUAAUUAUUUUGCUCGAUUUUCACUUGGUACUGCUCAGAUUGUUUAUGGUUUAUCGUUUAUUAAUUUAUUAAUUAUUUCUUUUCGUGCAACUCGUAUUGGAAAAUUUUGGAAUCAAAAUAGUUGCGCAAUAUCAUACUUAGUGUGCAUAUCAUUUGUUUUAUUUCUAAUCCUGGGCGAUGGUCUAGCAUUCAGUUUUCUUUCGUUAAUUACAAUAAUCUUUCUCAUUCCAUUUAUUAUCGAUGAUGAAUAUUACCAAAUAAUAUUAAUUGUUUUUCUGUCAUCACAUGGGUUUUUUUCUUUAUCACAUCAGCCAACAUUUUCAUCAAUUCCUUGGCAAGCAGCCUUUAUUGGUGUUCCCGGUAAUUUUGCCAUCCAAAUAGUACCAGGUGCACUUGUCAUUGCUCAUAUUUUUGCAUCACAAAUCAUUACAUGUGUUGCAUUACCGAUGCUUGUGAUGCAGCAAAAUUAUCGACAAUCUGGCCUCUCACAUUGGACUUAUAAAUUGAUCUUAUUUCAUUCAUUAAAGGCACUCUCAGUAUGCAUAAUGGCAGCUAUACAUCGACGACAUUUAAUGGUUUGGAAAAUCUUUGCUCCGAAAUUCAUUUUUGAAUCACUUUCUCUUUGUGUUGUUUGUUUUACUCUGCUAAUUACUAACUGUAUCUUUUGGAAGUUGGUUGUACCUCCACCUCUUGACUUAACUGUUAAAAGGAGUUAA